GCUAUAAAAUUCGGCUGACCUGGCUUUUCCCGUACUGAUAAUGGCAAUGUGCCACUGCAAAGUGGUUUGUCUAUGUGGUAUACAUUUAAUCCUAAUCAAGCAGUCUGUUCAUCUGGAAAUCGUGUGCUCUUCUUACAAUAAUGGUUAUUUUACUAGUUUCCGUGCUUUUAAUUAGCAACAUUUACUGCAACGCUGCACCUUCCCUGAGAUUGUUUGAAAAUACUCCGGAAAACGUUGCUCGUUUAAAACACCUUCAACCUGAUGAUUUAGCAGAAGAGUUAAGCGGUCAAUUCGAGGGUGACAUGAUCCUUACGGACAAUCAGUAUUCGGAAGUAACUCGCAAGAAUGGGUUGAUUGUUGAGAAAUACCGAUGGCCGAUGAAUACAGUUUUCUACGAAAUCGAAGAAGAGUGGUUCGAUUUAGAGCAGAUAAAUUACAUCUACGAAGCAAUGCGUUUGAUCGAAACGUCAACAUGUGUUAGAUUUAAACCAAGAGAUUUCAACAAUCAAGAUUAUGUUCGAAUUCAUGGUAAUUCAUCUGGGUGUUCGGCAACCGUUGGUCACAUUGGCGGAAAUCAAACUAUCAAGCUUCAACCGUAUCCUUUGGACAAAGGAUGUUUUAAGAUUGGCAGUAUUGUACAUGAGUUCAUACACGCUCUUGGAUUUCGACAUAUGCAAAGUACCUUUAACCGAGACGAGUAUGUGGAAAUUGUGUGGGACAACAUACGGGAAGGGCAUGAUAAAAAUUUCAUGCUUUACUCCUCGGACCAGGUGGGAAAUUAUGAUGCGGAAUAUGACUACGGAAGUGUAAUGCACUACAGUUCAACGGCAUUCAGUUCAAAUGGGCAGAAAACCAUUGUAGCUCUGAAGGACACCGCAGAGAAAAUGGGCCAGCGUGAUGGUAUGAGCAAAACAGAUAUUUUAAAGAUAAAUAAAAUGUAUGAUUGCAUUACAGAAACUUGAAACGAU